GAGGCCGCUAGCUGUCCCCGAUCUGUCCUCUCACAUGCCAGGGAGGCCCCGCUGCAGUGCGGCGGGCAGGGCUGACUGUGCAGUGGCUGUGGAGGGAAUAGGGACUGUCCCUUAGGCCACAGGCUGGACUGAGCUUCCCACACGGCAGCCCCUUGGCAGUGCCAGGCCUGGACUACAGGGCUUGACUGCACCUGGAGCUGCCCUGUGUGGUCAGCGCUGAGGUCAUGGCCUCCUGGCUGGGUGGCAGCACAGGGCCUGACCCACUCACAGUCUUGCUGGUUGUCAUUCUGCUGGUGCGUUUCCUCCUGUGGUCCUGCCUGGGGACUUACAUUGAUCACCGACUGGCCCGACGGCAGCAACCCCGAAAACUCAAAGAGGACUAGGCCUCGGCAAGAAGCUGUCUCCACUGUGCUGGCCCAAGGCUGAGCUGGCCCUGGGAAUGGAGGUGUUGGGGAGCAGGGCAGGCUCCUGAUCCCUGCAUCCCACCCUUGGGGCAGAAGAGACAGGAGAUCGGAGGGGCCCAAGAUGGACGGUGCCCACCCAGACUGACCCAGACUUUCCUGUGAGAGGGCUGGCCACAUGGGAGAUUGGAGGGGCCACCACUGCUUGUCCAUCAACAGGUUAUAGAAUCUCCCAGAGGGUGGGUCUUGCUUUAAGUCUUUCUCUGCCUUUGACUUUAUAAAUUUGUUUGCAGGAAGAGGCUGGGUGAGCCAGAGGGGUCAAGAAAGGCCAGGAGGACAGAUGUGACCAUGUCACAAGCUGGCCCUGCCACCCCAGGCCAUACCCUGUCUCUGCUCACUUCUGUCAGUGCCUGCCUCCUCCUACCUCCCAAGGGACGGAUAAAUGCAGGUAGCUGUCUUGGUUUUCCCAGAGCAGGCCCCUGGGAGGUUCUCUCAAAACAGACUUGUGAGACCUGAGUUCAAGUUCGGCUCUGGUUGACCCUCUGCCAAAUCUCCACUUGCUUGAACCUCUGUUUCCCCAUCUCAAAAAUGGGCACAAUAAUCCCUACCUCUGUCGCCCAACAGGUUAUCCUGAGGGGCAGACAAGGGAGUCGUGGGAAAGACCCCUGCCUCCUGCAAACAGCCAGGAAGGUGGAGGACAGAGUUUAGUGGGGAAGCCAUGGGUGCCCCUGCUGCUCCGGCCACCUGUCACUCCACCCUACCAAGCAGCAUGGAAACUCAGCGGCUCGGCUCUGCUCAUGGCAGAUUCAAAUCCCCCAGGGAGAUUCAACAAAUGCUGACAUCCACCCUCCGCCCUGUAUCUCCUGGGAUCCUUCUAGCACAUUCUAGAUCACAGUGAGGGUCAACAAGCUCAUGUGGAAUCGUGGGAUGAAAGGAUCAACUUGCAACAGCCUGAGGAGAAGUGUCAGCCUAGACGUUGUUCCUGGGGCUGGGCCUGGGGGCGCAGCAGCAUCUUGCUUUCUGGGAGACUAUGGCGGUACUAGGGACACUCACUUAGCGUCAUCUGAGUCCUUUGGACACAAAGCUUUUGGAGCAGGUGAUUCCUGUGCACCCCCAGAGGACCUGGGAAUGUCGGUUAAGAGCAGGGUCUUAGAUGGCAGUUCAGGGACUGAAGCUGCUGACAAGGACAAAUAGACACGCGGGGGUGGGUAUGGAGCCUCCACCUUGCAGCAUCCUGGCUGAACGGACCACAGGCAGGUGAGAGCCAUGGAUAGUUAUCACCGUUCCUGUGGCACCUGAUGAACUCACCUAUGCUGAGAAGAUCUUUUCUUGUUGCUGUGGGACCUGCUGUGCUCAGGUCUUCAGUUCAAGAAAACUAAUACAAAGGCCGGGGAGCUGGUCAGUGGGGCAGUGACCUUCUAGGGGUGGAGCCAGCGACCAAGAGAAUCUUGAUAGUGUGGGAUGGUGCCCAGGGGACGAUGACCCAGCUGAAGGUCCUUUCUCUGUAGAGUCAGCACAGGUUGUCCUCUGGUGACUGCAUAAGCCAGAGGCUGAGCAGAGCUCCAUUCAUAUCCCUGGGUCAAGGACAAGUGGCCUGGGGUAGCCUAGGGCCCUGCCUGAGGGUACCACCUGCUCACAGGGGUGGGAGCUGGAGGGAUGUUCUCAUUGAUCUCUGAGAAAAAUAUUGUCCACUUAAAAAGUUACUGUGCAUGAUUUUGUUAAUCUCUGUAAGGAAGAAAACCCACAUUUGUUGUCAUAGCAUAUUUUGAUGGAGCUAGGGUGGCCGUCUGCCCCUGUUUGCCUGUCCUGUCCUGGUUUUAAAACUAGAAGUCCCAUGUCCUGAGAAACCCCCAAUCCUGGGCAGACCAGGUCACCCAGAUGGGAGGAAGUUAUGAUGUGCUGAAGUUUUGCCAUUUGUGGAGGGGCACAUAACCUGGGUGUCCUCAUGGGCACCUCCACACACACCUUGAAGUUCAUCUCUCGGCCCAGUGAGCCAGGAUACUGAGCUGGUGGAGGAGAUAUUCUUCUAUUGGGGUCACCCAGUGGGAGAAUAGAACCCUGAGGCUACCCCAUGA